CGACAAGGACCUUUGUCACGGAUAGAUCGACUGUUCAAUUUAUAUAUAAAGGAUAUUAAGCCAUUAACAAGCAGCUGAAUUCGAGAUAUAUCCAAGGACGAUAUGACGAUGAGCUCGACGUGCCCGCUGGACACUUGCUUGAGCGCUGCAUCGGCCAACGCCAGCAGCGGCUCGCUGAUCUUCACCCAACUGCUGCAGACGCUGCUGGUGUCCCAUUGCGCCCUGCAGAGCGAGCGAUUCUCCUAUCCGCAAGACCGCAGCCGAGAGAUCGUCGACGAAAAUCCGGACUUUGACUUCAUCGUGGUCGGUGGGGGCUCGGCCGGUUCGGUGCUGGCCAGUCGACUGUCCGAGCUGGCCCGCUGGCGGGUCCUGCUGAUCGAGCGGGGCACCGAUCCCUCCCCCAUGAGCGAUGUGCCGGCCAUGUUUUACAAUCUGCUCGGCACGACCGAGGACUACGGCUACAGGGCCGAGCCCGACUCGAGAUUCUGCCGCGGCACGAGGAGCAAAGCCUGCCCCUGGCCACGGGGCAAGGCCCUCGGGGGCAGCUCCGCGAUCAACGCCAUGCUCUGGAUACGCGGCAACGAUCGCGACUUCGACACCUGGGCCGAGUUGGGCAACCGAGGCUGGAGCUACCGCGACGUGCUGCCGUAUUUCAAGAAGGCCGAGAAUUACGACCCGCGACUGGCCGACGAGUUUGGCCGCGAGCUCUUCGGCGUGGGGGGUCCUCUCAACGUCAGAUCGUACAAUUACUCCGAGACGGCUUUUCAGGACGUUUUCUUGCGGGCCGCCAAGGAGGCUGGACUGCCGAUCGCGCCCAUGUUCAAUGGGGAGCAGUGGCUGGGUUACGGUCGAGCUUUCGGUACCCUCGACAACGGCGUGCGCCAAAAUGCGGCCAGAGCCUACCUCAAGGUGGCGAAGGAUCGCAAGAAUCUCUACGUCAUGAAAUCCGCGAGGGUCGACAAGAUAACUUUUAGCGGAAAAAGAGCCACGGGUGUACGAGUCACUCUGGAAAACGGCGAAAAAGUCGAGCUGCGAACCAAAAAGGAAGUGAUCCUGUCGGCGGGUAGCAUCAACAGUCCGCAGAUUUUGAUGUUGUCGGGAAUCGGUCCUCGCGAACACCUUCGCGAGCUCGGCAUCGACAUAAUCGCCGAUUUACCGGUGGGCAAACAUCUCGAGGAUCACAUCAUGUGGCCGGGCGUCCUUUUGAAAUUCCAAAACAAGACCUCGUCGCCGAUAGCUCCGAGCCUCGUCUUCGACUGGGCCUAUCGUUACCUGCUCGAACGCAAGGGAGAGUUCGCGUCGACGGGCGGUCUGGACUUUCUCGGAUUUUUCAAUACGAAAAACGCCUCGGACGAUUAUCCGGACAUUCAGUUCCAUCACUCGCUGAUACCUCGGUAUCAAGAUUUCAAGAUCGAUACCGUCGCCGCUGCCUUAGAUUUUAACCAGCAUCUAUCCAAUGAACUAAAGAAACUCCUUCGAGACAGCGAUCUCAUUUUCGUUUGUCCAACGCUGAUCAAUCCCAAAAGUGUGGGCUACUUGAAGCUGAAAUCGAGCGAGCCCGAGGACGACGUGAGCAUAUUCGCCAAUUACUUCGAUCGCAGCGACGACGUGGAAACGAUGCUGGAUUCGAUGAAAAUCGUGCGAGCUUUACUAAGCACGGAGACCUUCGAGAAAUUGGGAAUAGAACUCGUUCAGCUGGAAAUUCCGGAAUGCUCGACGCACCCAGUCGAUUCGAGGGAGUACUGGGAGUGCAAUUUGCGCUACACCAGCGGCACCCUCUAUCAUCCGGUGGGCACGUGCAGAAUGGGACCCGCCAACGGCAACGAUUCGGUCGUCGAUUCGGCCAACUUGAAGGUUCACGGCGUCGAGGGCUUGAGAGUCAUCGACGCCUCCGUCAUGCCAAAGAUUACGAGUGGAAACACAAACGCGCCUACGAUCAUGAUCGGGGAAAAGGGCGCCGAUCUCAUCAAGCUCGACUGGUUAGCUAAAGAUGAAUUAUAA